AUGAGCGAGUGCGAUGCAUCACUACCUCAGGCCUUUGUGCUUCGGGUGAGGAAGCAUGCUGGUUUAGCGGCGCUGUUGAGGGCCCCUGGGGUGUGGGCUCCGUGGGACCCCGAUGUUGGACCUGAGGGCAUCCUGCAGAACGGGGCUGUGGACGACAGUGUGGCCAAGACCAGCCAGUUGUUGGCUGAGUUGAACUUUGAAGAAGAUGAGGAAGAUACGUAUUACACCAAGGAUCUCCCCAUCCAUGCGUGCAGUUACUGUGGAAUACAUGAUCCUGCCUGCGUGGUUUACUGUAACACCAGCAAGAAGUGGUUCUGUAACGGACGUGGAAAUACUUCUGGCAGCCACAUUGUAAAUCACCUGGUGAGGGCAAAAUGCAAAGAGGUGACCCUGCACAAGGACGGGCCCCUGGGAGAGACGGUCCUGGAGUGCUACAACUGCGGCUGUCGCAACGUCUUCCUGCUUGGCUUCAUCCCGGCCAAGGCCGACUCGGUGGUGGUGCUGCUGUGCAGGCAGCCCUGCGCCAGCCAGAGCAGCCUCAAGGACAUCAACUGGGACAGCUCGCAAUGGCAACCGCUGAUCCAGGAUCGCUGCUUCCUGUCUUGGCUGGUCAAGAUCCCAUCUGAGCAGGAGCAGCUGCGGGCGCGCCAGAUCACGGCCCAGCAGAUCAACAAGCUGGAGGAGCUCUGGAAGGAAAACCCUUCUGCCACCCUGGAGGACCUGGAGAAGCCGGGGGUGGAUGAGGAGCCGCAGCACGUGCUCCUGCGGUAUGAGGAUGCCUACCAGUACCAGAACAUCUUUGGGCCCCUGGUCAAGCUGGAGGCUGACUACGACAAGAAGCUGAAGGAGUCUCAGACUCAAGAUAACAUCACGGUCAGGUGGGACCUGGGCCUUAACAAGAAGAGAAUCGCCUACUUCACUUUGCCCAAGACUGACUCUGACAUGCGGCUCAUGCAGGGCGAUGAGAUUUGCCUGCGGUACAAGGGGGACCUUGCGCCCCCAUGGAAAGGGAUCGGCCAUGUCAUCAAGGUCCCUGAUAAUUAUGGUGACGAGAUCGCCAUUGAGCUGCGAAGCAGUGUGGGUGCCCCUGUGGAGGUGACUCACAAUUUCCAGGUGGACUUUGUGUGGAAGUCGACCUCGUUUGACAGGAUGCAGAGUGCUCUGAAGACGUUCGCCGUGGAUGAGACCUCGGUGUCUGGCUACAUCUACCACAAGCUGCUUGGCCACGAGGUGGAGGAUGUGAUCAUCAAGUGCCAGCUGCCCAAGCGCUUCACAGCGCAAGGGCUCCCUGACCUCAAUCACUCUCAGGUUUAUGCGGUGAAGACUGUGCUGCAGAGACCGCUGAGCCUGAUCCAGGGCCCACCGGGCACAGGGAAGACAGUGACCUCGGCCACCAUCGUCUACCACCUGGCUCGGCAGGGCAAUGGGCCUGUGCUUGUCUGUGCUCCCAGCAACAUUGCUGUGGACCAGCUGACCGAGAAGAUCCACCAGACAGGGCUGAAGGUUGUGCGCCUUUGCGCCAAGAGCCGUGAGGCCAUUGACUCCCCAGUGUCCUUCCUGGCCUUGCACAACCAGAUCCGGAACAUGGACAGCAUGCCCGAGCUGCAGAAGCUACAGCAGCUGAAGGAUGAGACUGGGGAACUGUCGUCUGCUGAUGAGAAGCGGUAUCGGGCCCUGAAGCGCACAGCCGAGAGGGAGCUACUCAUGAAUGCAGAUGUCAUCUGCUGCACAUGCGUGGGUGCCGGUGACCCAAGGCUUGCCAAGAUGCAAUUCCGCUCCAUCUUAAUUGAUGAGAGCACCCAGGCCACUGAGCCGGAGUGUAUGGUUCCUGUGGUCCUCGGGGCCAAGCAGCUGAUCCUCGUGGGUGAUCACUGCCAGCUGGGCCCGGUGGUGAUGUGCAAGAAGGCGGCCAAGGCCGGGCUGUCACAGUCGCUCUUCGAGCGCCUGGUGGUGCUGGGCAUCCGGCCCAUCCGUCUCCAGGUCCAGUACCGAAUGCACCCUGCACUCAGCGCCUUCCCGUCCAACAUCUUCUAUGAGGGCUCGCUGCAGAACGGUGUCACCGCAGCGGAUCGUGUGAAGAAGGGCUUUGACUUCCAGUGGCCCCAGCCCGACAAACCAAUGUUCUUCUAUGUGACCCAGGGCCAGGAGGAGAUUGCCAGCUCGGGCACUUCCUACCUGAACAGGACGGAGGCUGCCAACGUGGAGAAGAUCACCACAAAGCUGCUGAAGGCAGGUGCCAAGCCAGACCAGAUUGGCAUCAUCACACCCUAUGAGGGCCAGCGCUCCUACCUGGUGCAGUACAUGCAGUUCAGCGGCUCCCUGCACACCAAGCUCUACCAGGAGGUGGAGAUUGCCAGCGUGGACGCCUUCCAGGGGCGCGAGAAGGACUUCAUCAUUCUCUCCUGCGUGCGGGCCAAUGAGCAUCAGGGCAUUGGGUUUCUAAAUGACCCAAGACGUCUUAACGUGGCCUUGACCCGAGCAAGGUAUGGUGUCAUCAUUGUGGGCAACCCCAAGGCGCUGUCGAAGCAGCCAUUGUGGAACCACUUGCUGAACUACUACAAGGAGCAGAAGGUGCUGGUGGAGGGCCCCCUCAACAACCUACGUGAGAGCCUCAUGCAGUUCAGCAAGCCACGCAAGCUCGUCAACACCAUCAACCCGGGAGCCCGCUUCAUGACAACAGCCAUGUAUGACGCCCGGGAGGCCAUCAUCCCAGGCUCGGUUUACGACCGAAGCAGUCAGGGCCGGCCCUCAAAUAUGUACUUCCAGACCCACGACCAGAUUGGCAUGAUCAGCGCCGGCCCCAGCCACGUGGCUGCCAUGAACAUUCCCAUCCCCUUCAACCUGGUCAUGCCACCCAUGCCACCACCCGGCUACUUUGGACAAGCCAACGGGCCCGCUGCAGGCCGGGGCACCCCAAAAGGUAAGACUGGGCGUGGGGGACGCCAGAAGAACCGAUUUGGGCUUCCUGGGCCCAGCCAGACCAACCUGCCCAGCAGCCAGGCCAGCCAGGACGUGGCGUCGCAGCCCUUCUCACAGGCUGCUCUGACACAGGGCUACAUUUCCAUGAGCCAGCCUUCCCAGAUGAGCCAGCCUGGCCUCUCCCAGCCAGAACUGUCCCAGGACAGUUACCUUGGUGAUGAGUUUAAAUCACAGAUCGACGUGGCCCUGUCACAAGACUCCACAUACCAGGGAGAGCGGGCGUACCAGCACGGCGGGGUGACGGGGCUGUCCCAGUACUAGAAGGUGGCGGCGGAAGAGCUAAGCUACGUGGCUUAGUCCAUCAGCAUCUUAUUCUGGGUAAUAAAAAAUAAAAAUAAACGGAUACCUGUUUUCCACUGCUAAAA